AUGCCGCCAUGCGGUGUUUCUGGCUGGUCGGCAUUAUCAGCCAAGCUGGCGGGUGACGAGACAAACCACCUUCUGGAGGAGGAGGAGGAGCAGGAGACCACCAGAGAACUGGGGGGCCCCACGGACCGGGACUCCCCCAGGCCAGUGGUGAUGAUACGGGCCAAGCUAGAAUGGGAGAUCCCCAUGUCGGUGACCCUUCCCAUCGAGGUGCAGCCCGAUCCGGCCCAACAACCCUUCCCCUUUCUAGACACAACGCUGGCUGACCUGGGCAUCCAAGAGUCAGAGGUGAAGGAGAGAGUGGUAUGGGUAGACACUAAGAAGACCCAGGUAAAGAGCAAGGCAGGAAAGCUGAAGGAGAAAGAGAUCACCAUCCUGGAGGUCCGAGUGAAAGCCCAGAAGCCUGGCGACAAGCAGCUCCAGGAGGUUUUGUACAGCACGGAGGCGCACACCGACCGCUCCUUCUGCCGCACGGGGGUGGACAUCCUGCCCUGGAAGCAGAGAUACACAGGGGAGAAUGGCCUGACACCAGCAGAGAUGACCACAGCAGUGGACAUGGAGGAUCAGCAGCCCAAAUUUAAUGGGGCAAAGCAACAACGUGAAAUGUGA